UUGGUUAUGGUUCGCUGAUAUGUCAGAUUAAACGGUCAACAUUUGAACAAUUAAAAUUGUUAUAAAUAGGACCUAGUAAGGGAUAAAUUCGAUAUCACAAAUAUGUAAAAUACUUCAAAAAAUAAUUAAGUUAGAAUCCUAACCCCGCCCCUUUUUGUUUUCAAUAUUUUGGAUCUCGCAUUUGAAAUGAUUUUGUAAAUAGACUGACAGAAAAAUAACAUUCAAUAUGGCUGUACCUAGUGGUGAUAAUAGAGGGCCAUGUUACUGGUGUUUUAAGACUGUGAAAUGGAUACCAGUUCUGUUCAUUGUAACUAUAGUUGCGUGGUCUUAUUACGCAUAUGUUAUUCAACUGUGUAUAUUGACUGUGGAAAGUCCAACAAAACAAGUUAUUUAUCUAAUAUUUUAUCACCUCUUUUUCUUCAUGUUUUGCUGGUCAUAUUGGCAAACUAUAUUUACCGAUAUUGGUAGAGUGCCUAGUAAAUAUAAAAUUCCAGAAGCUGAUUAUGAAGCUUACGUGAACCACAGUGACUCUUAUGAAACCCAAAACACAAUAUUAGAAACAUUUGCAAGCCAUUUACCUAUAACGAAUAUAACAAUAAGUGGUGGCGUACGAUUUUGUGAAAAGUGCAAAAUUAUAAAACCCGACAGAGCACACCAUUGUUCAGUGUGUGGAGUCUGUGUUCUAAAAAUGGACCAUCAUUGCCCGUGGAUUAAUAAUUGUGUUUCAUUCACAAAUUAUAAAUUUUUUGUGCUUUUUUUGGGAUAUGCACUUGCAUAUUGUGUAUAUGUAUCACUUACUUCUCUUCCAUAUUUUAUUUCAUUUUGGAGGGGCGAUCUUCAAGGAAUGGGGAGGUUCCAUAUUUUGUUUCUCUUUUUCGUUGCAAUAAUGUUUGGUGUUAGUUUAAUGUCUCUUUUUGGAUACCACUGUUAUCUAGUAUGUGAAAAUAGAACAACUCUAGAAGCGUUUCGACCACCCAGUUUUCGAGGUGUUGGUACAGACAAAUAUGGUUUUCACAUAGGAAGGUAUAAGAAUUUUAAACAAGUAUUUGGAGAUGAUCCGAAGACUUGGUUUCUUCCCUUCAGUACUAGUUUGGGAGAUGGAUUAACAUUCCCUCAAAGGCAAAUGGAUGAAGACCAAGAAGGGCUUUUACACGAACACCAUUUUGAAGAUGAAAGUCGCUACUAUUCUUGAAGAAAUGUGACUAUACAAAUAGCUAUUUUAAGUUUGCUAUUAAUGUUUUCAAUUGUAGAAAUUUUUUAGAUAAUAAUUGUAACAAUAUUCAGAAUGCUGAAUAAGAAAUACAUUUUUUCUUAAAUUUUCUAUAAUACAAAAAAUUAAAAAUGUGCUCAUAUAUGUAUUAAAUACUUUUUUAAACAGAUUAGAAAAUCGACAUGUACAAAAUAGGAAUAGUUUUCUUGUUAAUUGUUAUAGUUCCUAAUACCAUAUUUUUUAUAUUUUAAAGAAGGUAACCAAAUAUUUAUAUAGAAUAUGUUAUUUAUUCUUUUGAACUUUUUAAAUUUAUUUCCCGUGCUACAAAUCGUAUUAGUGACAUUUAUUUUUCGAAAUAUAAGACAUAUAUGUAUUUGCUCUUGCUAAUACAAAUAUGAAGUGGCCAUUCUAA